AUGUGUAAUAUUUGGCUAAUGAAUGCAUUAAAUAGUAAAGAUAAUAGUGAUGGUUAUAUAGCUCAUAAAAGUAUAGUUAAACAAAAACGACUUUCACGUAUAAAUAAAUUAAAAAUGUCUUUAACAAUUGAAGAAUUCUUUGAAUCUUAUUUAAAUAAAAAUAAAUGUUUAAAUAAAGAAAAUAUUCUACAAAUAUCAAUAUAUAUAUCAAUUUAUUAUUAUUUAAUUGAAUGUAAACGUUUAUUAGGUGUUAAUUUGCUUGCAAUAGAUCUACGUUGUACACCACAUCAUAGAUGUUGUCCCAAUCUAACAUGUCUAAAACAUGAAUAUGAUUUAAAUAGUUUAACAGGUCGAUGUGUCCGUUAA